UUCAUUGUUACGUUUUGACUUAUAUUGUUAAUACUUCUGUAGUUUGUCCCCUAGUGUUGUGAAUUUCCAUGCCAUGAUGUUGAAUGAGCACUUCCCAGAAAUCCCGAUAAUAUCGUACUUGGUCACAACUCUAAUAUCUGGAUUGGACCCCGUUUUCCAGACACCAAACUAUCAAAUAGCCUUCACACUUACUGCAAUGGGCGUCUUCUUUACAACCUAUCUCACGUCAAAUAUCAGUGCUCUGCUAAUUGUGCUGAUUGGUUACACUGAAUCAUAUAUGCUCGCGUUGAGUACAGAAUUAGUGAACUUAUGGGAAGAUGCAAAAACUUAUGAAGAUGGCAUUGCAAAUAAAGAUAAUGAGACAAACGAAAUGGGAGAUAGGAAUAUUCGUUUAAACAGAUAUAUACGCAAGCAAUUAGCAGGAGUCGUCAAAGAUCACACAACUCACAUUGAUUUAAUUCGUAAAAUUGAAUCAGUAUUUCGAGGGGCCCUAGCCAUUGAAUUUUUAUUGUUAAUCGUGAGCUUGAUAGCCGAAUUGCUGGGGGGACUAGAAAAUACUUAUUUAGAAUUGCCUUUCGCUCUUAUGUCUGUUGCAAUAGACUGUUUGAUGGGACAAAAGCUGAUGGAUGCUUGUGAAGUCUUUAACGAUGCUAUAUAUGAUUGUAAAUGGGAAAAUUUUGACUUGAGUAACAUGAAGGUAGUGCUGCUAAUGAUGAAGAAUUCACAGAAAUCUCUGAAGAUAUCAGCUGGUGGUGUAACCACACUAAGUUUCACAUCUUUAAUGGCAGUUCUCAAAUCAAUAUACUCGGCGUAUACAACAUUGCGAACAACAAUGUAGAACAAACUUUAUUUUCUAUAAGUAUAAAAAUUAAGAGAUCUUGUUAUAAAUAAU